AUGGCGCGUAGUGAAGUGGAUGCGUCGAUUCCGCAGCGCGCAAGGAAUCAGGGUGGAAAUACCACCACAGCGAAGAGUGAAAGCCAGUACGGAAUCCCGCUCCCUCUUACACCACCGGGCGAUUUGCUUACCGAUCUCAAUCUCAGACAAGUACUAGACCUGGGCCAUGCCCUCCGAAGUCCUGAGAACGAUGACAGCGAGGUCGAACAACUCCGUCAACAGAUAAGUACGGACCGAAAGGAGCUUGGAGCACUCCUGCAGCAGCGCUAUCAGGAAAGGGACGAUGACUUGAAAGAACGCAACGAGAACUUCAAGAACCUUAUCAUGCAGGCACUCGCCGAACCACCACCACUCACAGGCAAAGGCUCCAAUACAGUCAACUAUCCUGGCACCUCAAUCACGAUGAACAAACACGGCAUAACUGCUCACAAAGUACUGAACGACUCAGCUCGCUUGGUGAAGGAAUACGAAAGAUUGGAGAAAAUGGUCACUCGUUUCAGCGAAAGCGAUGAUAAUACCAGUUCCAUGAAAGACCGAGAGCAAGAGAUGGAGAACAUCAGGGGCACUUUAGAAAUGGGACGGAGGGUCGCAUUGCGCAAUGUGAAGAAGGUACUGGCAGGCACACCGCAUCAAGAUACCGAUCAAGACGAUGCAGACACAAAGGGAGAGUGUGCCAACCAGACAGGUGGACUUAUGUUGGGGAAGGAGGUUCCCUUGGACUACACACUGGCUAAUGCUCUGCAAUAUGCUGAGAGGGGAGUUAAGAGGAUGGCGAAAGGGCUAUCGCAGGAGGAAAUGGAUCUAUGAGAGCAUGAUGGGAAGAGAAGAAAGUCGCGCUGCGCUGCGCAUGUGAGUUGCGGCGAUG